AUUUUUGCUGGACUAUUGGCAGUCUGCUAAUCUUGAACCAUAAUCUGCUUCCAGUUAUUGUGAGAAGACACCUUUUCGACUUUCUACUUUCUACUUUUAGCAUCAUAGAAGUAUGAGAAUUAAGUUUUAAGUUUGAUGUGGAGAUGGAGAGGAAAGGCUAUGGAGUAUGCAAGUAAUGAGGAUAUCUAUGUGAAACCAUGGACGCUGCACUAGAUUUUGUUGGUAUUUCAGGAUAUUCCUCUGAUGGAUCCAUCUCACCGAGGAGGAAGUCCAACUGUUUUGAAGCCACAGAGUUGGGACAUGUAUUGGACCCUACUCAUCAGUGCAAAAGGAGAGGACUUAGCCUAAGUUCUGGUGCAGGUGCAAAUGCAGGUUCAGGAGAAGGCAUUAUCUUAACUCCCACCGACCCACUCUCUGAACUGGUGUGGUCUCCUGAAAUAGGUCUCAAACUUAGGUGUGCUAAUUGUAGUUUCAGUCAGAAAAUACCAUUUGAUCUUUCUAACAAUGAGUGCAAUUCAGAAUCUGGAAAAGCAGUUAUCUCUCAACCACAAAGUGGUGAACUGGGGAAGUGUAUGCCGGUUUGCCAGUUUGAAAAUGAUGAAGGGGACCAGACAAAAGGUAUGAAGUCAGUUAAGAAUAGAGAAGAUCCCAUUCGAUCCUUACGUGACAAGGAUAAUGUGCAAGAAGAAUUGGGGUUUAAUUUAGCACUACAAAAGCAUGAACACACUGAUCAUAGUAAAGGAACAGGCUCUGAGCCCUUCACCAAAGGGAAAAAUGUUGGAAAUCCGCAUAGUGUAUCUUUGGUUGAUUUACCUAGGACAUUUGCCUCUGAAGCUGCCAUAGCUGAAGGUUCUGAGUAUCACCCAAAGGAUUUAGUCCCAUACUUGAGAACCCAAAACUUCAAGGAGACAGAAAUGACUUCUAUUAUUUAUGAAGACACCAGGAAGAUAAAAUCGGUACCUCUAUCAGAAGCUAUGUCUUCUCCUGAUGAAAAUGAUGUUCAAGAUGGAUUGCCCUUGGAAGAUGAUAUAGAUGUUGGGGUUAAUGAUGAUGAUUGCAGGGUUAAUAAUAUAGAAGCGGAAGUAGAAGGAAAUGAUUUUACUAAUGUGGAACUCAAUAGUCUUGCUUUGAGGAAGGAGGAUAACUUCCAUGAAAGUGUUAAAAGCAGUGAUAGUGGGAACUUGCUUGUGAAAGGAAAGAGAGAGAGAUUCUUUGAACAAAACUCACUUGUAGAGAAUGGAAAGAUUCGGAAGCUUGACAUAGAAACUCCUUGCCCUUUAUCUGCUAUUAGACAAGGCAAUUCUUUUGUGAUUUGGAUUUCAAACCUUAUUAAGGGAUUCCCCAAAGUUCGUCAGGAUGACUCGUCUGCUUCUGAAAAUUUCACUAACCCAUUUCAUGAUAGCAAUGGGCAUAGUAAGUCUCUCGUAGUCUCAAAGAAUAUGACGGACGACGAGGGGUGCACAAGGCUGAAUUUUCAAACACUAUUUCAUGCCAGAUAUUGCCCGAAUGAGAAUGUGACAAAUAUUGAGCACCAUAAUGGGGCUGGAAAGUUAUUGGAGCCUGAGAUUGCUAGCAAGGGUCGAUUCAAUAAGGAUGUGUCUAGUCCAGCCUUAGGUGACUUUAAAAAUAAUAAGGGAGCUUUAGUCCCUGCAUCAAAUGAAAGGCCCAAUAGGCAAGUCUACCAUUUGGGUGCUAAUGAUUCUGCUGCAAAAAAGUCCAAAGAUGACAUAGUAAAGAGAAGAAUGAAUAUAUGGAAAGACCAACUUCAUUAUGAACAAGCUAAUUUGAAUCCUUCAAGUUCAUCACCACAGAAUUUUGGGUUUGAAUCUGGAGCGGCAAUGGAACCUCAAUCAGUUUUGGAGAAGCCAAGAAGCUCUUCGAAUUUAUUAUCCAAUAAAAGUAACCUAUUCGGGAAUAUGUGGCUCUCUCGAUUCUCUUCAAAAUCAUCUCUGAUCAAAUCAGAUGCAUUGGAGAGCAAACCCAUUGAAAGACCUCAGAAGUGUGAAAAAGCCUCAAUUUCUUCUCCGGAUUGCCAUGAUGCUUCCAUUACACAUAAAAACACAAUUGGUGACCAAUUGACAUCCAUGGAUAGCCAAAUGGGUGACGUCUAUAAAGGGAGACAGAGUUGUUGUCCCAACAUCAUAAGCAAAUGUCUGUUAGAAAAACUUGCGAAAGUUAAUGAUACAGAGUUUCAAACUAGUUCAGACCAUCAUUCUCGAAGCUCAGAGCAUUAUGAUUGUUGCAAUUCUCAAGAGAGAAGGCAGAAGGUGCUUGAUAAUUCUGAGGAAACACUCUCUGUUAAGACUUGUAAAUGGGAGGCUCUCAAAAAUAUGGAUCCUUUGAAAGCUAAAGAUUUGGGGAGUCCUGUUAAUCUUACCUGCUUUUAUUGUGGUAUUAAAGGCCAUUCCUUGCAUCAGUGCUCUGAACUAUUUAAAUCAAGGGAUCUCUUGAAGCACAUAAAGUCGUACAAUGUCACAGAAGGAUCAUCUUGCUUCUGCAUUGUUUGUAUGCAGCUUGAUCACUGGGCCAUUGCAUGCCCAUAUGCAUCUUCGAGAACAAAAAGUCACCUGGCGAUUGGGGCUUCUUCAUCAUUCAACGACACGGGUCAUAAAAGAAUUCAAGAUACUUAUGGAAAGGAUCAUCCUCUCACCGUCCUUGAAAAAAGAGAUGCACCGCAUUUUGAAAACGAUAAGGAACUCGAAAACUGUACUAGUACAAGGAAUAAUCCCAUGAACAACUCAAAGCUCAAUGACAUGAUUUUAAACUCCACUCCACUCAACAAAGAUACUCAAGAACGUCAUCGAUUUUCUGGGGGAUUGAAGGUGGAGGAAACUACUAGAGACAGCGUAGUCAUUGGAAAGAGGCCUGCCUUGAGUUCUAAGGAAAACGUGUCAAGAGGAAAUGAAAUCAUACAAACGUAUAAGAAUUCUUGUAAUCUUCUUAACAUGAGAUUUUCAGAUGUCCGCAGAGGAAUGCUUGAGAAAAUAAGGAUGAUUCGUCUGUCACGCUCUGACAUCCUCAGGUGGACAAAAGCUCCAGACCUGAACUUUCAAAUGGAAGGAUAUUUCCUGCGGGUAAAGUUUGGGAAGUGGGAAGAAGGGCUUGGGGGAACAGGUUAUCGUGCAGCUUGCAUUGCUGGAUCAAGUCAAGAGGGAUCCUCCUCUGAUGGUUCUGGAAUCUCUGUUUCUGUAAAUUUAGGGGGCUUCAAAUGCUUAAUUAAUUGCCCUUUUAUCUCCAACCAAGAUUUUACUGAGGAUGAGCUAAUGGCAUGGUGGGAUGCCACCGUGAGAAGCAAUGAGAAACUGCCCACUGAAGAAGAGCUGAAUCUGAAGCUUCAAGAGAAAAUGCGGUGGGUAAAUAGCAAGUGACAUUUAUUACCAUUCCAUGUACAAGUGAUCUACUAAUAUGAAAUUCUUUUCAUGUGGCAAGUUUUGGCUUCAUAAGCCCAUAUUUUGUUUCAUAGAGAGACUGAGUAUGAGAGUGAAGAGUGAAUGAAUAUGGAAGAAUUAUAGAAGAUAGAAUUUGGGAUCUAUAAACCUAUGAAUGAUAUUUUUCUAGAUAACCCUUGGCUUGGAAGACAAAGAGCAUUAUCAAGGUGCAAAUUCGGGGCUUAAUAUUGAAAUUGUUUUGGCCUCUC